AUAGCCCACUACUCUCUAUAUCCAUUUCUUCAUCCCCACUCUCACUUUGCUUCUGUCUGCAUUUCACUUUCUCUCAGCAAUGGCCUACGGCAGGCUCGGAUUGUCCGCGCCACUCCUCAACCAAAAUCAUGAAGCCCUGUCAACAAAAACUCCCAGCCUAAAGUUCCUUUUACUCUUCUCACUCGUCUUCACCGUCGCUUCCGCGCUCCACACCACAGCUUCGGUCGAAUCCGAGCCAGCAUUGCGCAGAAAGCUCACCCAAGCCAUAUCCCGAACGUGCGACCGAACUCGUUACCCGACUCUCUGUGUCAACUCGCUGGUCGACUUCCCCGGCGCAACCUCCGCCGGAGAGCGCGACCUCAUCCACAUCUCCGUCAACGCAACUCUCCGACGCUUCGACAAAGCGCUAUACGUCGUCGUUUCCGAUUUCAGCAAUCUCGCCAUGGACGCUCACGUGAGGUCCGCAUACGAUGACUGUCUCGAGCUCCUCGACGACUCGGUGGACCAACUCACUCGCGCUCUCAACUCAAUCAAUACGAAACGAGCCGGAUCGACUCAGGACGUGCUGACGUGGCUGAGCGCGGCGUUAACGAACCAGGACACGUGUACGGAGGGAUUGGGGAAUGUGAAGGGGUACGUGAAGGAUGGGAUGCAGGAGAGGUUGAGGAACUUGUCGGCGUUGGUGAGUAAUUGUUUGGCUAUUUAUUCGGCGGCGAAGGGGAACAAGGAUUUUGAGGGGAUUCCGAUUCAGAAUCGCCGGCGGAGGUUGAUGGAGGAGAAUGAUGGUUCGCGGCGGCCGAGUGAGUUUCCGAAGUGGCUGAGCAGGAGAGAGAGGAGGUUGUUGGAUAUGCCGGUGCAAGGGAUUAAGGCUGAUAUUGUGGUGUCGCAAGAUGGUAAUGGGACGUGUAAGAAGAUUUCGGAGGCGAUUAAGAUGGUGCCAUUAGGGUUGUGUAAAAUAAAAUCGUAUCAAUUCGUACCGUUUUAUCCGUUAAACGAGGAUUAA